UUCAGAACUCACAUUUCUCAUAUGAGUUUCCCCCCCUUCAACGAUCUCAUAUAGGUAUCCAUUUUUCAAGAGCAACCACUCCUGUCAAAGAGUUAAAAAGCAAACACAUAACUCAAGUGUACUCACCUGCCGUUAAUUAGGCUAUUAAUAUCAUGCAAGUUGCAAGCAAGCCGCACCAGCACCAUCGAACGAGACUUGUAUAGAACUGAAAAAUAAAAAAAAAAAACAGAAAACUGUGUAAAGUACUUGCGAACGUUUUUCCACCUCCCUGCUAAUUGGAACUACCAAUAUGAAGUAUUUCCAUUUUUUAAGUACCGAGUAAUGGUCACUUAAAUUAUGCUUCACAGUCUUGUGUGUCGGUUCAAUCGAGUUCAACGUUAAAAACUAGAUUCAACUGCACAAAAAAAAAGAGAAAAAGGAGAAUAAUCAAUAAACCAUCAUGAAUUUCAAGCCCAUUUGGAUACUGUUGCUAAUAACUGGAAUCCAAUGUGCAGAAAAGGACACCAGAAUCCUAUCGCGGAAGCGACGCUUUCUUUCAUUUCCCGAGGGUUCUUCAUUUGCGGCCUCGAUUUGCAUGACUAUCGGAGUGAUUGGUAAUCCAGUAUUGGAAUAUAUGAGUUGGGCCGUGAAUUGGGGAAUUGCGUAUGAUUUGCCCAAUCAAACCUGGGUCCGCCAGCACAAGCAUGGAUUUAGCAACUCUCUCGAUGCUCACAAUACAAAAGUUCGAUAUCGAAGGGAUUUGUAUGAGGGCAUCGAACUUGCCAUGGAUAGCAUGGGCUUCAAUGGGCGCGAUUGUAUAUCCCGAACAUUGUGUGAAAGUUCGAAUUUCCUCAAGGAUCGUAGCGGUAAUAUGGUAGAGGAAAUUGUGAAAUUAAUAUUUAGCUUCCCGAGGCAUAAAGGUGCUUUAUAUCAUCACAAUAAUGGAGAUAAUAUGCAUCAUUAUGAUAAAGCAUAUUAUAAUAAUAACAACAAUGGCGAUUUGAACUACGACUGUCAACAAAAAUAUCCCAACUGUCAUUUUUCGCUUCUGGAAUUGGCAUUGGGUAAUGCAAAGUAUUCACUUGAACCGACAAAGCAUGGAACUGCGGGAUUUAUGUAGAAAGCAAUUAAAUUAAUAUAAAUCACAAAACUGACAUUAAAUUAUUAUUUAUUGAAAGAAAAAAAUAAAAUUAAUAAAUUGCAUAU